GCCUGGCCUGUGGGGGAUGAGCUCAAGUGAUGGGGGGGAGGCCUCAAAGAGGCAGACUUUGUUUCUGCCUCAAGGACUUUUUAAUCUGGUUAGAAGAACAGGAUUAGUAAACAGAUCACUAGAAUAUGAGACAGGCAACACGCUGUGCCCUGAGAAAGGUACAGACUGAAUGUGCUGGGCAUUGGGAGGGGAGAGGAAUCAGAUUUGGCUGGCGCUGUUUCAAGCAGGCUUUAGCAGUUGGAGCUUAAGAGAUGGGUAGACUCGGAGGAUGGGCGCUGGUGGCAGGAGAAAUGGCACAGCACACUGUGGAGGUUGGAAGGUGGGAGAUAAAGGGCUCUCAGAACUGUGUCUUCAACUUUCUAAUGACGUCCUUAGCAGGACCCAACAGAGCCUUCCAUAUGGUAGGUGCUCAGGAGACAAGUCCUUUGUCCCCUCCUCGGUUUGGAGACGGUGGAACCUUCAGGAACUGCACUCAAUGACGUCUUUCUCUAGACGGAUGGGUAAAGAGAAAACAUGGCUCUGAAUAAAUCCGGGUUUGGGGCUGGAACAAAGGGAGGGGUCACGUUCCAGUUUGGGGUCGUCUCCUCCACCCGGCCGUCCUGAGCUCUUCGUAGUCCUGGCGCCCCGCCAGGGGUUUCCCAAGCUAUCCCAGAGGGCUGGGCUUGGUUCGCCAGCCCCUGGGAAUCCCUGGAGUCUCCAGGCUGGUGUGAAGAGCGGUCCGGGAAGGGGGUCCGAGGCCCGUGGAGGCUCCUCCGGGGGAUCGCUCGCAUUGGCCCCCUCCAGCGGGCUUCCGUUGUCACGUGACUGCAUCCCAGGUCUUCCAAGUGUGGGGCCGGCGCGUUCGCAGCUAUCCUCCGGACUGGACCGAGCGGUAUUGGGGCCGGGCGGCAGCCUGGGCGGCUCCGUCUCCCUCCGGGAGCUACCAACACCUGCCCCCCCACCCCGCCCCCGCCAGCUGUGGUGUUCGGGCCUCGCACACGCUUGGGCUUCCACAGCGGGGUGCAGGUGGGGGAUGGAGAGGUCUGAGGGCUGUAAGGCUGGAGCCCGGGCUGGGCGGCGCCCCCCUCCCCCCGCCGGCCGGGCGCGCGUCUCCGGGGCUCCGCACCGGCCCCCGGCCGCCCCUAGUCCGGCCCCAGCGCGCACUCGCAGGGCUGCGGCGGCGGGGAGGCUGCGCGCCGAGCGCAAGCCGCGAGCACAAACAGGGCGAGGAGGCUGGUGUGAGCGCCUGGGCCCGGUGCCAGCGCGCCGGGGCUGGAACACAAUGUCCCGAGCGGGCGGGCGAGCGGGGAGCGAGAACAGCCUGACUCAGCAGCUGGGUCAGUCAUUGUUCUGAAGCUUUCUGCAUACCUACGGUGACAGGGACAUUCUCACAAGGCAGCCCACUGCCCUUCUGGACUUCCCUAUCUCCAAGUCCAGUCACCCAUGGAACACCUGCCCUCACAUGACCUGGAAGUGACUGAACUCGUCCUCAUGUGGCUCACACCAGCUCUUCCCCAUUGCCCACUAUGACUCUCCCAUCCCCCAAACUCACCACGAAGGUUCCACCUUUGGCUCAAAUUCCCACAGCCUCUGCCACACCUUUCUGACCUACGUUUUUCCUUUCUCCUGCCUAGCCUACUGGACUAAUGUUUCUCAAACGCUGUUUAUUGUGUAUGCUUUCAGCUUCAAGUUCCUCAACCAAGCACACUGGGUACACCAGCUGCUCAGCUGUGUGUUCCACAUGAAGGGACCCGGACUCAUUCAUGGUGUGCCCAAAUCACAGAGGCCAGCUCUGGGCCUGGUACCUAGCAGAAGGGCAGCAGAUGUUAGUCAAGUGACCAACCCACUUGGUUGUGCUUUCUCAUCUUUCUCUCCUGACUCGGUCUCCCCAUUCCCAUUGAACCUGUUGGUUCCUGGUACUUGCUCAGGCCCUUUGGUUUUGAAAAGUCACAAUUUUUUAUCUACCAAAUCUUCAGAGAGGGGUGGGGAAGGGAGAAGCUGACAGCCAAGUCAACGUCAAGGAGUCUGUGCCAAAUGCCAACUGCAGAGACUUUGAGUGCAGAGUGGAAUGAGUGCAGCUGCCCUGCUGGAAGCUUCCCUAAGAAACGAAACCCACAGAGGAGGGGGGAAGGCCGAAAGGUGUGGAAAGUCAAGUGCAAAGAGAGCACAAAGCUAAGUGGCUGAACUGGUUUUGAACCCCGGCAGUCUGGCGAGAGCCCACACUCUCCUUCACUAAAGUAAACCAUGAUGGGAAUAUCAGCUUUGAAUGUAGAAAGCCAGUGCACUUGACAGAGGGGUGUGCGCUCGGACAACCCAGGUCUUUUUGCCUUGGUGAGAACAGGUAAGAAACUUGGAGGCUGACUGUGUGUAUAUGGAAUCUCAGACUUCUCUCUAGUCAGUGAUUCCAGAUCUUUGGAUUUGACAGACGAAACAAAGCAAGAAAACAAAAGCCACGUGCCUACAAAGUUGCAGCUUUAAUUUAUGCACCCUAAGAACACUCAGAACACAACUAUCGUCUAUUAGCACCAUCAUUUCAUAAAAGCAAGUGCAUUUGAAUUCUCAAAAUAAGAAACUGACCCCCGCCAGUUCAUCUAAAUCAAAAGCAGUCAUUCCCGAGAAGGGACAGUCAUUGACUUCACACCAACAAAUGGACUUCCCUCUGUGUUUUUUACAUUGUGCUGUGGACUAAUGAAAUAUCACUCUGGGGAUGGCCUCGGCCUCUUCAUCCCUCUGCAUCAUUUGAGAGCAGAACCAAAAGAAGUGGGCUUUAGGUGUAGCAGGAAGGAGUUAGGUUAAAGCCAAGAAGGAACACUCAUUUGGAAGCUUUUAAAGAACAGGUGAGCACUGCAUUUGCUUAGGAAAAGAGGGUUGCAGAAUCAAGUCCAUGGACUGGAGAGGUCAGCAGCUAUGGGUCCUACCCCAGGGAAGGGCGGGAACCUUGUUCUGAAGGACCUGUCCUCAGAUCCACUAGGGUAGCCUUGGAACCUAAAGCGGUCCCAUCAGGCAGCCAUUUCCUGCCUGGAGUUCAUGGGGCAUCCAUGGGCCUCUGUUACCCCUCCUUGCAGAGUCCAUGUAGUCAUCCACCUUGGGGCUGGGUUGAGUGCUACAAAUGAGCUUGAGGAGGGCCGAGGACAGUGGAGAGGAAAGGAAAAGAACAGCCACCUGGGAGUGUUGCCUACAGCCUGGGGUGUGAUGGGUGAAGGCUCUGAGCAGUCAGGCCUGGCUGGCUGCGGCAGCCUUGAGGAUGCUAUUUCCCUAUCUCCCCGCCUCCUUCAAGCCCAGGUGUAGCCCAUGACCUAGAACCUUCCAAGAGGAGCUCAAAGCCAGGCAGGUGAAGACCUGUUCUGGUGCAACGAUGCUCCAUGCUGGCUCUGGGCCUGAGCCUGGCUCAGGGCCUGUCACCUCCCUGUUCUGUACGAGGAGGCGAGGCCACAGGUAUGGGGACAAGUGGGGAAGGAGAGAAAGAGAGAAGGGUCUGCUCUCACCUGCCCCAUCCUAUUGGGGGAGACCAAGUCCUCCAAAGGUGGACUCUCAUGUUUCUGGGAUGGUGGCAUUUUCUGACUGCACAGGAGGCCUUCAGACCUCAUCUCAUCCUGUAGGGAUGGCGUGGGGUGGGGUGCCGAGCACUGGGGUGCGGGGCACUGGACUGUGGUACUCCCAGAUUUAGGCCCCCAUCAUGUAAAGGCAUACAUCUACCCAAAUUGUAAUCCUGGAGUUAUAGAAUGGUAAAUGUGGAUACCCCCAGGUUGCAAACAGUCACAGAUUGUGACCCAGCAAGGGCAGUCGCUCCUCCAGGGUCACACUGGUUAAAUGGGCCUGGAGCCCCCGUAACCAGAUUUCUCAAGUCCUCAAAGAAUGACAGAAGUCAUGAUUUGAGCACCUACUAAGUGCAAGACUCUACUGGAUGUUGGAGAUGCAGAGAGAGCUGCCCUCAAGAGCUUCUGGCCAGACAGGUAGAUCCUACCCACUACAGGGGAACUACAGUUUCUGGAAGGUGAUGGGUUUGCCUGAGGACUGCAAAACUUCAUAAAGUGCUCCCCUUGAUGGACGGGGGUCCUGCCUGCAGAAACAUCCUGAGGCCCAGCAGUGAAUCUGUGGUGAAGAAAUCAAAAAUGGGAGGCCAGAGAGUGAGAGAAUGGUAUUGCCAAUGGGCACAUCCCGAACACCCCUCCCAGAAACUUCCAAAGGAACCAGCCCAGAAAUCGGGCCUCUGCUGCCCUCUAAUGGAGGAAAUCAGCCUCUAGAGCUGCCUGCUGGGGCCCAACCAACCCGGCUUCCCUAAGGAAAAGGGGAUGCGAGGACCUUCCUGUCCCCCCCUCCAGACUUUUUAUUCCCAUAGUCUUGAGCUUCAUUUCCGACAGCCUGUGAAGCUGAACCUUCUUCUCCCCUUCCCAGCACUCCUGGCUGCCCCGUUUCCUGAUCACCACCCUCUAUCCCGUUUCCCUAGUUUCCUUUGUUGCCCAGGUUCUGAUUCUGGUAUCCUGGUUCCUGGCCCUGCCAGAGUUCUGGUUCCAGAAGGCCCUUGCCAGGUGCCUUGGGCCUAGCUCCCACCCGGGCGCAAGGCCACACUGAAGACAUGGGUAUGAGCAUCCCCCAGUACCUGGGGCAAAUGGACAUCCGAAAAGGUGUAGUGGGCUUGGCCACAGGUGCUGGGUUCAUCUACCUGCUCUACAAGGCCAUCAGGGCUGGUAUCAAAUGCCAACCGCCCCUCUACACUGCCUCACCCAUCUGCAUCGCCCGUGAGUGUACGGGCCCUGGGGAGAGGGCUCUGCCCCAGGAGGCACCUGCUCCCGAGGCCUCCAGUGUGGGAGGGCCCAAAGGCCUGGCAGUCGAGCGAGAGCGGCACGGGCGGGACUCGGGUGAGCUCCGGAGGCUCCUCAACUCUUUGGAGCAUAAACAGGAUGAGUACGCCAAGAGCAUGAUCCUGCACAGUAUCACGCGCUGUGUGUACUUGCUGGAGGCUGAGGCCUCUUCUUGUACUACUGAUGACAUCAGCUUGGUGGGCUCCAUGCUGGAUGACAAGGACAACAGUGUCAAAAUCCAAGCUCUGAACACACUUAAAGCUUUCUCUGGCAUCAGAAAAUUCAGGCUUAAAAUCCAGGAACACACCGUCAAGGUACUGGAACUGAUCUCCACCAUCUGGGAUUCGGAGCUGCAUGUUGCCGGCCUCAGACUCCUCAACAGCCUCCCACUGCCUGACUAUGUACAUCCACAGCUGCGACGGGUGAUGCCUGCCUUGAUGGAGAUCCUGCAGUCAGAAUAUAUCCUGGCACAGGUGCAAGCCAUACGAUUGCUGAGCUACCUAGCACAGAAGAACGACCUUCUGUAUGAUAUUCUCAACUGCCAGGUGCACUCCAACUUCCUGAACCUGUUUCAGUCCACCCAGCCAGGGAGUCUGCUGUUCGAGGUACUGGUGUUUGCUGAGCGGCUAAGUGAGGGCCAGAAUUCACCCCACUACCGUGCCGUGAAGUGGCAUUACAAUGAACAAUCUCUUCAUGAAGCUCUCUUUGGGGAUGAGUCCCGACUGGCAGACCGGCUGCUCGCCCUGGUCAUCCACCCUGAGGAGGAGGUUCAGAUCCAGGCCUGCAGGGUCAUAGUCAGCCUGCAGUGCUCCCAGGAUGUGGGAGUCCGGCCCUCCUCCUGCCGGCCCAGUCAUUCCUACUUUAAUAGCGGGGAAUAAAAUUAAGGAGAGCCCAUAAAUGACUAUGGGAGAAAA